GUACAAAUUACACAAAUAGAGAGAGGGGGUCAGAUCUCUCUCAAGGCGUUUAAUUGCAGAGAUCUUUUGCGUUUCUCAAUAUAUAAGUGAGUCUGAAAGAGAGAGAACAAAACAGCUAAGUGCUAACCCUCCCCUCCCCUCCCCACCCCACCCCACUUUUUUAUUUAUCUCAAUCGCUUUGCUUUGUCUCUUCGUCCAUCCCAUGCUAUCUUCCUUUGUCUUCUCAGUGCCAAGCCAACUUCAGAUCCAUCAAAACAAACAAAACCUCUUUUUUCGUUAUCUCCUUCGCACUUUCACUCUUUCACCAAAACCAUAAAUAAAAGCGAUUGAAAGGGAAGAGUUUGCCUGCAAAAAUGGGUACUGGUUGGAGAAGAGCCUUUUGCACCCGCGACCCUGAAUCCACCAUAUCGGAUAAGCAACCAAGAACCCCCAGCCCAACCCCAAGCCCAAGAACCUGCGUCCGAUUGGGCUUUCUAUCCGGCGGAGGUAGCAACCCACCCACUCCCAGCUUGCGAUGUCGAACAAUCGCCGAAGCAGCAUCUCAAUCUCAAACAGUUGCCGUAAAUGACAGCCCCCGAGUUAACACCAAGACCACUCCUAGAGCAUCAAAGUCCCCCAAAAUCCUCUCUGCCUCGAAUCCUACAUCUCCGCGCUCUCCUCUUAAGUUGUCCCUCUUCAAGAACAGCUUCAAAUUCAGGAGUAGCUGUGGAAUUUGCUUGAGCAGCGUGAAGACGGGACAGGGUACCGCCAUAUACACGGCGGAAUGUGCUCACGCGUUUCAUUUCCCGUGUAUCGCUGCACAUGUGAGAAAGCAUGGUAGCCUGGUGUGUCCCGUCUGCAACGCCACCUGGAAAGACGUCCCUCUACUAGCGGCCCACAAGAACCUCGGCCCAGAAUUUGCAACGCAUCACGACGUCGCCCAGAGGCCCACCCAAAAGCCCAAUGCCAGCGACCACAAAAAGCUAGACAACCCCUCCCCCGUUGUCAAAACCAAGCACGUGGAGCCACCUCAACAACCACCAAAGCAUUCUGAUUCAAUCAGGUCCUACGACGACGACGAACCACUCCUUUCUCCCACUUCCGGCGGCCGGAUCAUCCCCAUUCCCGAAGCCGACGAGAAUGCCGAAGACGACGACGACGACGAUGCCGGCGAGUUCCAGGGUUUCUUCGUCAAUCCAAAACAUUCCUCCUCGUCCAAGUCCUACUCCGAUGCCUCGCAAUCCAACGACGGGGAUUCCAGAACAGUUCAGGUGAAAUUGAUGCCGGAGUGUGCCGUCAUAUCAGCUUCCCGAAUGCACGAUACGUAUGCUUUGGUUCUGAAAGUGAAGGCUCCGCCGCCGCCGCCUCCUCCGCGGAGCAGCGCCGCGGCUCCACUUCUGGACCCGUCGCAGCGCGCGCCGAUAGAUCUUGUAACUGUGCUGGACGUAGGUGGCAGCAUGAGCGGCGCUAAGCUUCACAUGCUAAAGCGCGCGAUGCGUUUGGUUAUUUCGUCUCUUGGCCCCGCAGAUAGGCUCUCCAUUGUGGCUUUCUCGGCUUCACCCAAACGGCUCAUGCCUUUGAGAAGAAUGACGGCUCAGGGUCAGCGAAUGGCUCGGCGCAUCGUUGACCGGCUGGUGACAGGUCAAGGGUCCAGCGUGGGCGAGGCGUUGAGGAAAGCCACCAGAGUGCUGGAGGACCGGAGAGAGAGAAACCCUGUGGCAAGCGUCAUGCUACUAUCGGACGGUCAGGAAGAGCGGGUUCAGAGCAGUAACAAGGGAAAUCAAAGGAAUUCAGCGAGCCACGUGUCGUCCACGCGGUUUGCGCACAUCGAGAUUCCGGUCCACGCGUUUGGGUUUGGAACGAAAAGCGGUUACAGCCAUGAACCGGGUGAGGACGCGUUUGCCAAGUGCGUGGGUGGGCUUUUGAGCGUGGUGGUGCAGGACUUGAGGAUUCAAUUGGGCUUUCAGUCCGAUUCGGCGCCGAUUGAGAUUAGCGCUAUCUACUCCUGCAGUGGAAGGCCCACGCUGCUUAGCUCAGGGGCCGUGCGGCUUGGCGACUUGUACGCUGAAGAAGACAGGGAGCUGUUAGUGGAAUUGAGAGUUCCAGCGUCGGCUUUGGCGAUAGGGACCCACCACGUGAUGACGGUACGGUGUCUUUAUAAGGAUCCUGCAAGCCAGGAGAUUGUAUACGGUAGGGAGCAGGGUCUUGUGGUGCCCCCGCCACAGAGCGUGCGUUGUUCCGCUACCAGGAUCCAGAGCCUCAGGAAUCUCUUCAUAACCACUCGAGCCAUCGCCGAGUCCAGGAGAUUGCUCGACCAUAAUGCUGACUUCACUAGUGCUCAUCACUUGCUUGCUUCGGCGCGUGCCCUUCUCAUGCAGUCCAGCUCUGCUUCUGCUGAGGACUACGUGCGCGGCUUGGAGGCUGAGCUGGCAGAGCUUCAUUGGCGGAGACAGCAUGAACAGGCGCAUGUUCAGCAGCAGCAGCAAAUCAUGGUGAUGCAGCAGCGGAGAAGAGGAAGCGAGAGGGAAGUGGCACUGGUGGACGAAAAUGGCGAGCCGCUCACGCCUACGUCAGCUUGGAGAGCGGCUGAGAAGCUGGCUAAGAUGGCCAUGAUGAAGAAGUCUUUGAAUAGAGUCAGCGACUUGCACGGCUUCGAAAACGCUAGGUUUUAAUUUUUUUUAAUAUAUAUAAAAUUGUUUCUUUUAUUAUAUUUAUAAAAAAAUUGUAGAGCAAAUGAGAGAGAGAGAGAAAAGAGAAGAGAAUAAAUGGGGAUGGGGCAUGAUAGUAGAAUGGAAUGGGGACAAGGUGGUAGCAGACGGCGCGGCCCUUUCUGCAUUGGAAGAUGACUACAGAGAAAGGGGUGUGUUAUAUAUAAUGGGGUAUGCCCCACCGUAAUAUGGGAGAAUUUCAUUGGUUGCUUGCUCCAUCAUGUCUUUUUGUCUCGUGCCUUUAUACACAGUACUACUCUUGUUUUUAAUUUUAAUCAUUCGCUUCUCAUUAUCAGAACCACCAUAAACACCCAAAACUUCCCAACUGCUCCACUCCUCCCGUGCCGUGUUGGGAUCCCCAUUUUAUGUUUUCAAGUUAAGAACUAUAAACGUUGUAAAUGUCCUUACCAAUUUACGUAGUAACUAAGAUCACUCUGUUUUCCU